AUGGACCGAGAGGAGAAGAUAUUGAAUUAUGAAACAUUUUUAAAUGAAAAACUACGAGGUGAUUUAAAAAAAAUAUUGGAUCAAAGAGAUAAGGUUUACCAGGAAAUUUCCGAUUACUUACAACUAAAAUCAGUGAUUGAACGAUUACAAGAAAAUGAAACAAAAGAGCCAUUGAAGACUCGUGUUGAUCUUGGAUGCAACUUUUAUGUUCAGGCCAAAGUCCCCGACCCAACAUCUAUCUUUGUGUAUGUCGGAUAUGGCUUUUAUGUACAGUUCACUUUUGAGCAAGCUUUAAAGUUUAUUAAACAAAAAACUGACCUUCUCACUGAACGAACAGAAGCGCUCACUAAACAGUCAGCUGUUGUGAAGGCUAAUAUUAAACUUGUUCUUGAGGGUUUGCGAGAAAUUCAUCUUAUAGAUGACACACCAGAAAAAAAACAAGUUGAUCUCUUCUCUUGA